CUCUAUAAAAUAGGUAGGGCAAGGCGAGACAAACAAGCGAGCAUGAGUGAGACAGCAAAGAAAAUGGUGAUUGAUCACAACAACAAUGCUACUGAGAGAAGUCAAGAGCUUAACCUAUUCAUGUUACCCCGAUUGGAACUCCAAACCCCGAAUAUCAAUGUCAACCCAAAUAACAACCAUCACCAACCAUCCUCAGUUGUCACUCGCCGCCCUCGAGGGCGUCCACUUGGCUCUAAGAACAAGCCUAAAGCACCUCUUAUAGUAAAAUAUGAAAGCCCCACUACACUCCAUUCCCAUGUGUUAGAGAUCGCUACUGGAUCUGACGUGGCAAAAAGUCUCUUUGACUAUGCUCAACGUCAAAGUCAGGGAAUCUCCAUCCUUAGUGGGAAUGGAGUGGUGGCACAGGUCAUACUUCGUCAAUCAACUGGAAGAAUUUUACCCCUUAUGGGAAGAUUCCAAAUUAUUUCGAUAUCUGGGACGAUCCUUCCUCUUUCGAUGUCGCAAGGUGCUGGGGGAUUGUCAGUUUACUUGUCACGCACAACAGGACAAGUGCUUGGAGGAACUGUUGUUGCCCCUCUUGUGGCUUUAAGUCCGGUGGUUUUGAUUGUUGCUUGUUUUGCAGCUGCUGAAACUGUAAACUUACCUUUGGUGGCACAAGAACCAUCAUGCUCAACAAUUGGAAUGAGAAACAUUAUAAGCAAUGAUAUCAACUAUCCCUCAUCCCUCCUCGCUUCUAGAUACAAAGACCAGUGAUAUUUAUAAAUUGAUGUUCAAUUAGGACAUAUAAUAAAUAUUAUUAUGGAUUUUGAAACAUGUGUGUUUAUUUCAAUGAAAAAUUUGGUUGGUGA